ACCCUCUCCACCAUUUGUGACACACAAAACAAGCACCGCAUCAUUGAAUAAAUAAUCCUACCGUACAAAUGGCCAACCAUUUUUAUUCAUCGCCUCUUCCAAUACUUCUUUCCCUUUUAGCUUUUUCCCUGUGCAAUCCCUCCUAUGGAGGAGGUAUUGCUAUCUACUGGGGCCAAAACGGGAAUGAAGGCACCUUAGCCGACACAUGUGCUUCAGGAAAUUAUCAAUUCGUCAACAUAGCUUUCCUGUCUAGUUUUGGCAAUGGCCAACCUCCAGUUCUGAACCUAGCAGGCCAUUGUGACCCUAGUUCCAACACUUGCACUGGGUUAUCCUCUGAUAUUAGAGCUUGCCAAGGCCAAGGCAUCAAAGUAUUACUGUCUAUUGGUGGUGCUACUGAUACCUACUCUCUUUCGUCGCCUGAUGAUGCAACUCAACUCGCAAACUAUCUUUGGAAUAAUUUCUUGGGUGGCACUUCCUCUUCACGACCAUUAGGUGAUGCGAUUUUAGAUGGUGUAGAUUUUGAUAUAGAGCAUGGCUCAGGCCAAUUCUGGGAUGAUCUUGCUAGGUCGCUUAAAGGGUUCGGUCAAGUUUCCUUAUCCGCUGCUCCACAAUGUCCCUUUCCUGAUGCUCAUUUAAGCACUGCAAUUGACACUGGUCUAUUUGAUUAUGUGUGGGUUCAAUUUUAUAACAAUGGUCAAUGUCAAUACACUGAUAAUGCUAACAAUCUGUUAAAUGCAUGGAAUAAUCAAUGGACUACAAUUCCAUCGAACCAAGUGUUCUUGGGGCUACCUGCAGCUCCUGAAGCUGCAGGUUCAGGAUUCAUCCCGGCAGAUGUGCUUACGUCACAGGUUCUUCCGUCUGUCAAGAAUUCCCCAAAGUAUGGAGGAGUCAUGCUCUGGAAUAAGUUUUAUGACAAUGGAUAUAGUUCAGCUAUAAAGGAUAGUGUUUAAUCAUUCAUGAUAAUGUAUUGAUGUCUUGCUACUCAAUUUUAUACUAAAUAAAAUAAAAGAAGAGUUUCUGAUAGAA